CGUUGUCGUUUUAUUUUUACAGUGGUACAAAAAUGGUCAUUCCUGGCUGAAUGUCAGGCCCAAGGUAUUGUUAUUCCCUCGAAUCUCCACAAUCCCCAGUGAAAUCUCCCCCGGAAUUCAUGAGAAAUCACCCCGUCACCUACGAAAAUCUGGAAAACAUGAAAUUACGCGAGUGAGUUGUCUAGUGAACACGUCAACACAACCUGGAAGGAGUCAACCAUGAAUGGUCGAUCAGGAACAUAAACAAUCUGAAUAAAAGAUAAACUCCGGAAAGCUCGAGUGCAAGAUCUUCAUCAAGAUGCCGUUCAAAUUCCACCUGAAGAAAUCCCGUCAGUACAACGUGGUCUCCAAGAACCAGUACGUAAUCUGCGUGGAGCUCCUGGACCACACCUCGAUAGAAUGCACGCUCUCCCUGGAGAGUCUGGGCCAGGAAUGCCUGGACAACAUAAUCCAGCGCCUGGGCCUCUCCCAGCCGGAGUUCUUCGGUCUGCAGUACAUCUGGAGGCACAGUGACUCCUCCCUCCGUUGGAUCGACAUGGACAAGCCCCUGAAGCGCCAACUGGAGAAGGAAGCCAAAGGCUUCAACCUGCACCUGCGGGUCAUGUACUACAUAACAGACGUGCAACUGAUCCAGGACGAGAUGACGAGGUACCACUACUACCUCCAGCUGAAGCACGACGUCCUGGAGGGGAGAACCCAGUGCAACGCUCGACAGGCGACCCUUCUUGCCAGUUACUCCAUGCAAGCAGAGUUCGGUAAUUAUGACUCUAUACGACACACUGUCGACUGCCUCCAGCAGUACAACCUCUUCCCGAAGAUCGUUCUGGACACAGAGGAGGGGGGGAGGGACGAGUUGCUGAAAUCAGCAAUUUGCCAGUACAAAAGUCUCUCGGGGGUGACGCAAGCAGUGGCUGAGGAAUUGUACAUUUCCAUUGCAAUGCAGCUGGAGGGCUACGGUCACGAGACAUUUACAGCUAAAGACGAGGGGAAUAAUCAGGUGAUCCUGGGGAUAUCCAUCAAUGGGAUCAUGGUCGUCAGCCCUGGGACCCAGACGACUCAGUUCUACAGGUGGAAGGACAUCAGCAACGUCAUUAAUCACAAGAAAACGUUUAGGAUAGAGUGCCAGACUGAACACGAAGAGCCGAAGCAGUUUUUAUUCAACGAAUCGAAGAAUGCCAAGUACAUGUGGAGACUCUGCAUCGCCCAGCACACGUUCUACAUGCAGCACCAGGAGUCGAGACCCUGUGAGAGGCUGACGAGCUACUUCGAGAGUGAUGGGACUGACUGCAAUGAGUCCAGUGAGCAGGCAAACUCGGUUAAUCUUGAGGGGAGGAUCCAGGAGGACAUGAGGUGGACUAGCUACAAUGACCUCUCGACGUCACCCUAUCCUCCUGUCUCGGUCUCCUCGACGGAGUUGAGCAAUCUGCGGGCUCUGCUACCUUCGUACAGACCUGCCCCUGAUUAUGAGACUGCUGUGCAGAUGAAGUAUAAUAAUGGAAAUCCCAGGGAGCCUUAUUAUGCUAAUCAGGAGACUAUUGUUGGGGCUGAACUCAAUUGUUUGAUGGGGAAUGUUGGGAAUCCGGGGGGUUAUUGAGGGGGAAUACUCUAGGUAUUUUUAGGCUUGAUUUAUUCAUUAUUGAGUAUUUUACGGAUUUUUUCUACAUGUUUGACUGAGUUGUUGGGGGAGUGGAUUGAGGGGAGGUUUUCGCAUUGUUAAAAAAUUUUUAGUUGAAAUUUUCAAUGUGUUUAGAAAUCUCAAUCGAGUUACAGUUACAGUGGAAUUUUAUCAAUUAAAAUUCACGAUUCGUUGACGAAAUUGAUGGAAACUGCAAAUUGACGUUCAAUUUUUUCAUGAAAAUUAAUGGAAGUCAGGAAAAUUCAGGAAAUUAUUGAAUUUUAAUCGAAUUCAAUGUUG